GUCAUGCUGGGGUCCCGCCCCCUCCUCCCUCCCUCUCUCCCUACCUCCAGGUCCCCUGUCCCACAGACCCACUGGCAGGCACUGCCGGGCAGGACGAUCUCGAGCCGGCUCCCGGCGAAGCACCGCGGAGGAGCUGACCCGCUCGCGGGGCCCGGGCACGGGCGAGCUGCUGGGACCUUCCCUUCCGCACGGGGCGGCGCAGAGCUGGAGCCUCCGCGGGUGCCCGGGCACGGCGGACCGACGGCCAGCUUCCCCGCGCCCGGCGCCCCGAGGCAGGGGACGCGGCGACAUGGCCGUGCGUGUCGGCCUCCUGCUGCGGGCGCUGCCGCUGCUGCUGUGGGGCGGCCUGGACGUCCAGCACGCCCAGCGCGUAGGCCAGGAGCUGCGCAGGGAGGCUGAGUUAUUCUUGGAGAAGUACGGAUAUCUCGAUGAUCAGGUCCCCAAAGGUCCCACCUCCACGCGAUUCCGCAAUGCCAUCAGGGAGUUCCAGUGGGUGUCCCAGCUGCCCAUCAGUGGCGUGCUAGACUCGGCUACCCUGCGCCAGAUGACACAGCCCCGCUGCGGAGUAGCAGAUACUGACAGCCAGGUGGCCUGGACCCAGAGAGUCAGUGCCCUUUUUGCUGGACGCCGGGCCAAAAUGAGGCGUAAGAAACGCUUUGCAGGGCAAGGCAACAAGUGGUACAAGCAGCACCUCUCCUACCGCCUGGUAAACUGGCCCCAGCACCUGCCCGAGCCGGCAGUUCGGGGGGCCGUGCGCGCCGCCUUCCAGCUGUGGAGCAACGUCUCGGCGCUGGAGUUCUGGGAGGCUCCGGCCACAGGCCCCGCUGACAUCCGCCUCACCUUCUUCCAAGGGGACCACAACGACGGGCUGAGCAACGCCUUCGAUGGCCCAGGGGGCGCCCUGGCGCACGCCUUCCUGCCCCGCCGCGGCGAAGCGCACUUCGACCGAGACGAGCGCUGGUCCCUGAGCCGCCGCCGCGGGCGCAACCUGUUCGUGGUGCUGGCGCAUGAGAUCGGCCACACGCUCGGCCUGACCCACUCGGCGGCGCCGCGCGCGCUCAUGGCGCCCUACUAUAAGAAGCUGGGCCGCGACGCGCUGCUCAGCUGGGACGACGUGCUGGCCGUGCAGGGCCUGUAUGGGAAGCCCCAGGGGGGCUCAGUGGCCAUCCAGCUCCCGGGAAAGCUGUUCACUGACUUUGAGGCCUGGGACCCCCACAGACUCCAGGGAAGGCACCCCGAAACCCGGGGUCCUAAAUAUUGCCACUCUUCCUUCGAUGCCAUCACUGUAGAUGGGCAACAGCAACUGUACAUUUUUCAAGGGAGCCACUUCUGGGAGGUAUCAGCUGAUGGCAACGUCUCCGAGCCCCUCCCACUACAGGAAAGGUGGGCGGGACUGCCCCCCCACAUUGAGGCUGCAGCAGUAUCACUGGAGGAUGGAGACUUCUACUUCUUCAAAGGAAGUCGAUGCUGGAGGUUCCGGGGCACCAAGCCAGUGUGGGGCUCACCACAGCUGUGCCGGACAGGGGGCCUGCCUCGCCACCCCGAUGCAGCCCUCUUCUUCCCUCCUCUGAGCCGCCUCAUCCUCUUCAAAGGCCCCCGCUACUAUGUGCUGGCCCCAGGGGGACUGCAGGUGGAGCCCUACUACCCCCGAGGCCUGCAGGACUGGGGCAGUGUCCCUAAGGAGGUCAGUGGUGCCCUGCCCAGGCCCAACGGCUCCAUCAUCUUCUUCAGAGAUGAUCGCUACUGGUCCCUGGACCAGGCCAAACGUCAGACAACUGCCUCAGGCCGCUGGGCCACAGAGCUGCCCUGGAUGGGCUGCUGGCACGCCAACUCAGGGGGCGCCCUGUUCUGAAGAUGCCCCCAACCUCUUAGUGGACUGCGGAUGCCCUCAUGGCCAACUUGUGUCUCCUGCCCCAAGGACAGACCCUGUCUGGAAGCCUCUGGGGCUCCCUGCAGAAGUCCGGGCAGGAAAGUUUGCCUGCGUUUGUUCCCUGGAGAAUGUCUUUGUGCUGUCAAGACAUUGAUCUUUGUGGGAUCAAUCCAACGAACGAGAAGCCAAAAAGGGUUCCAGAUGCCAUGACCCUUUCCCCAAGGACCCUUUCCUCCCCAGUCCUGGGGAAUUUUGUUUUUUUCCCUAAAGAUGCAAUUCCUGUCUGUGGGGCUACAGCAUUGGGCAACCAGGAAGGAUGCAAAACAACAGAGCGGUUGGGACCACUUUGCAAGACCGUCCCUUGCUCUCAGGACCUCCUUGUCAGUCCAUGGAGAAAUGUGUCUUAUUUAAUCAGAGGCCCCACCCCUCAGGAAGCUUAGAUGGGUUGGGUACAAGGGUCUCCAAUUUCAGGGGCAUCAGGACCAGAACAAGAAGGAGACUGAACAAGAAGCAGGCCUGCUGGGCCGUUUUUUGUGGAAUAAAGAAAUGCCCCAGCUGGUGGGCUUGGA